AUGUCAAAUCAUGACGAUGGUGGUGAGGAUAGUAAGAAGUCAAUUGGUGAAAAGGACCUGGAUGUGCCUUUGGAAGCAUCGCCCAGAAUAAUCGUACCGGAAUCGCCAGCGAAAGGUACUAGAAGUCCGUCUGAGGAUGGAACUACUUCAUUGAAUGAUGACUUGGCUAGUGUGUCGGGAAUCAACACGAGACCUGUGGCAUCAUCGCGCAUGAGCCUAGAUUCAUACUCUGUUCGGCGAAGUUUUGACUCGUCAGUGAUGGGUAGACAUAGUAGGUCCUUUGGGUUCGACAAUGAGAGUCAUAGUGGUUCAAUGGAGUUUUCGCCGUUAGGGAAUAACUCUAUUUAUGAGAUUGUGAUGAAUACUAGAAGGAAAGAUUGGUUGGCGUAUCCGACAGUCAUCGAUAUACCACCCGUUGCUCUGAGUAAGAACGUUAUUGAGGAUUCAUACAAAAAAGCAGCAAGGCAAUAUGUGAAGGAAAUUAGGCAUGAAAGUUCUGUAUUCGAAAGCACGAACAAUUUGAGAAGUAUGACACGAAUGGAACAACUGAGGCAAUUGGAGAAAUAUGAUAAUCCUACACAAGAUUUUGCUAAUGAAGAUGAGAAGGAAUUCGUCAACAGAGAAAAUUUAAAAGAGCUGGAAGAUGUGCCAUCCUUUUAUUUUGAGAAGGAUUUUCAGCUGGAUAAUCCACGAACUUUCCACCGUGUCUUGAAAGAUAUCGAUCUACAAUUGAAUAAAUUAAAUGAAGAGGACCAAGUUCAGAGAGACGAAGCUCAGAUGGAAUUAAAGGAGCGUCUGAAUUAUUACUUAGACGCGGUAGAGGGCUUACUUGUGGCUGAAAUAUCCAAGUCAUCACACAAAUUCUUUCACGCAUUAGCAGACGUUGAUCUUAUACAACAAAAAGCUGAAGGGACAGUGAUGGAGCUUGAUCGUCUUGCUGAAGCCACAGAAUUUAUAGACAAGGAAAAGAUUCAAAAGAGGAUUGGUGACCUAGAAAAGAUCUUUAAGAGAAAAAAUGUACAGAAAAUAGAACAGGCAUUAUUACAGGUAAAGUUGGUGACCUCUCGCACACAAGAAUGCCAACAGCUGUACGGAAAUGGGGGUUUUGAGAAAUGCUUAGAUUUAAUUGGCUCCAUUGACUUUUUAAUAAAGGGAGAUGAUUCACAGGAUACCGUGGUUCAGGGUUGGGUCAGUGAUUGGCCUUAUAAAUUAGUUAAUUUGAAAUCGGUACCAGCCCUGGCAGGGACAAGAGAACUCUUGACCAAUUUGAAGAUUGAAAUUGGUGGUAAGUUCUCACUACAAUUAUGCGAUCUGCUGUUGAGGGAUGUUAGGGAGUACUGCGAGCCGAUCAGCGCCAUUGAGACCCUGUCUCGAUUCCAAAACAUCACUCGCGAGAAACCUUUCCUAGAGACAAACCCGCUGUUCACUUCUUCAAUCACAGAACUUAUCCACCAACUUCGUCGGUGUGAAGAAUUGGCAAGCUCUUUUAGCUUGUACCAGGACAAAUGUGUUGCAGAGAUCAAAAAUAUAAUCAAAAUGUUUCUUCCUCAGGAACAACAAGCGAAUGAUGAACCACCUCGUUCGCAGCAGUCUAUCAGUAGCGGUUCGAAACUGAGUCGCCUGAUCAAAGAGCAAACACCAGUGGAGUUCCAAGAUAUGCUCGUUAGUAUCUUUACGCGCUCUAGUGAGGCGUUGAGAAGGUUUUGCAUGCACCAAAAGCUCUUGCUAGACCUUGCACUAAGUGAGAUAACUUAUUCUACUACUACUGCGGAGUUUAACGAAAACCACCAGGCCAUGAUAACGCAACUUGAUAUUCGUUUUGGCAUCAACGAGGCGAUACGAAUUUUGCAACUACGUAUGGGUAAGAUUAUUGCAGUGAGAAGAGAAACGACUGCAACGCUACGAUACGAUCAUUUCCUCAAACUGUACUCUAUUUGUGUUCUCUUCAUCCAAGAAUGUGAAGCCAUGAGCGGAGAAUUUCUCACCAAGUAUCUCAGUGAUGUUCUGGCUGCACAGAUAAAGAAUUACAUUUCAGCGCAAGGAUCCAAAAACCUGCGCACUAUUCAAUCCAAGAUAGACGCUGAAAAAUGGACACCCUCCAUAGUGAACCGCAACGUGCAGAAAGACGUUAACGACAUAGUUGCCAGCAUGGACCUUGACCCGCUCGACUGGGUCCAACUCUCAGAUCUAGUGCAACCAAGCUCUGCUCCGGAAGAAGACCAACUCGCUACGCCAAACCAAGCGGGUCACAGAAAAUCAGUAGUAGUCGGGGACAAGACCUUUGUCGCCAGUGACGCCCUACUAAGCUGCAUUUACCUUGUGAAAGUGAUUCUGAUUCUUUCUACGAAUCUACCCGCUGCCUACUUAUCAAGUUUUGAAAAGAUGUGUUACGAUUUACUCAAACAUUUCAACGUCUGCGCCAUUAAUUCUGUAACCCAACCUGACAAGACUCUUUCGAAGACCGGUAAAAACUUAUCAAUUAUGGGUGAAUCCCUUGAUUGUCUUGCUGAACUCCUACAAAUUGUCCAGCAGUUCUUCCAAAGAAUGCAAAGCUUCUCACGGGAUUUCACACCUGCAGAUCAGCCGAAUUAUGCUCAACUUCUACAGCAGUACCGGGGGUCCACCGACAAGAUAUACCAAUCGAAUGUGCCGCCUCCGCCGGUCUAA